GUACAACUUCUCUUCUUAUCUUCUUCGGCAUCAUUAGUAGAUUAUUGUGAGCAUAUCGCUGAUUUUAAUAACUUUUGUCCAUUGUAGUACCUAUUCUGUGGUACCUAUAUUGUCAAAAUCUCAAAAUAAAUAGCACGCCAACGGCCAAUGGCUGAAAUGAACGCAACACAAAGACACAAAGAUGGCGUUCUGUCAGUUGUCACUUGUCGAAGUGUUAUACAAAGGAAAUCGUUGCUAAAUUUACAAUAAUGUGAAUAAAUGGGAUUAAUAAUUUAUUGUGCUAAAAUAAUUCCUUAGCUUCAAUCAUGAUGAUGAAAUUCGUUGCACAUGUUUUAAGUUAACCGAAGAUAAAAUAUCAUUUCGGUUUAUAUAAGAUGCUAUCGAUUUGUAUUCCUGGAACAAUAACAAAGUGAAUGCAAUUCCGUACAAAUCGAUGUAAAUGCAGGAGUCGUGCGCAGGUGCAAAUUUACCUAGACGAGUAGGCGUAGCAGAGCACUUGAUUAAGUUUAAAUCGUCUCCGAAUCUUAAAAAGAUGAAGAAAUUUAUACGGUCGAAGAUGGAUCGCAGUGAGUCAGCUGAAGUGGCUCAGGCACCGCCUCCCCCGCCGCCUGACAUCAACCCAGAAAAAAAGACGGAAAUCCAGCCGCCCUUGCCGCCCGUACCGCCUCCGCCGGACGAACCUUGGAACGUUACCGUGAAACAAGAGGUCGAAGACCAUGAAUACACCGGAGCGUACGGGCCUUACGAAAGUGAGGACAAAACUACGCAAGAGCAACCGGAGCAAGAAGAUGUGAAGCCCCGAGUGACUAUAUGCCGCGACUACAUCCGUGGCACGUGCAAAAGAAUCGGCACGUGCCGGUUUGCGCACAUAUUCGAUGUGUCCCAGCUAGUCGGCGUGUAUACGUUCUGUCGGGACUUCCAAACGAAAGUUUGCAAGUUUGCAAACUGCAAAUAUGUUCAUGCGGACGUGUUUGAGGAGCAGAACUUCUACAGAACUGGUUAUCUGCCUCCUCAUGCGUUCACGCAUAAAAGAACUACUAAUAGUCAAAUGUCUGAGGCAUCUCCCAUGAGUGCCUCAGCAGCCCUCGCGCUGCAACCGCCGCCGCCGCCCCCACCGCUGCCGCCGCCUCCGCCGCCGCCUCCCGAGGAACCGGCCCCCGACUUCACAUUCAAGAAGCCUCCGCCACCGCUCCCUAAAGAUAUAGAGAGAACAUUAAUGCCCAUGAGGAGCUUCGAGGAGUCAUACUUGGACUUGUUAUCGUCCAAUGCAUUAAAGCGAUCAUGGUCCACACUUGAAUCGGACACGCUUAUGGACCAUGAAUUGGGCCCGUACCCAAAGAAAUGCAAGCACUGUGAUAUCAUGGAGUUUGGCAUGCAGCAUAGCAGGAAUAAGCUGCAGAAAAUGAUAUUAAACACAGAAGCGUUGGGUGUAAAAAUUGCUCAAAUUGACAAGAGGAAUUCUAAGAUUGAGUCUAUAGUACUGAAGUUAUUGACUUCCACAUCUCCGAAUGCCUCUAAUCUCUAUACUCCGUCGUCUUACAAUAGGCAGUAUAACAGAGAGUUCACACAGCUGGAACAAUUCUCAGCGCUGUUGGGUAAACGUUUGGAGUUUUUCGGUAAAACCUAAUUUAGUUUUCUUUGGUUUUUAAUUUUUUUUAAUUCAGCAAGCACAGCUAUUGAUUUGCGAUUUAUUUUAUUUUUUAUUUGUGUUCAUUUCAUUAUUUUAUUUUUGAAAUUCUAUCCUUGUGGGAAGUUAAAAGAAACAAUCUUGAUUCAACAUUUUUGCAAAUUUUUUUUCACAAUUAUCUUAAACAUUCAUAAACAAUUUUCCCGCAAAAUAUAAUAUAUAAAUUUUUUACUCAACACCCCCAUAGAAAAUCCUUUAUCACACCCAUUCAGCCCUUUCAAAUCACUAUCAUCAAGUUUAGCAUAGCCCUUCCUUUUCACAAUAAUUUUGACAAAAUCCAAUGCGAAAAUUCAGCAAAGCUCGCUCUUGCAAUUGACUUAAACUGUGUAGCAAUUUUUACAUCCAUCUGUGUUUAUAAAAUAUUUUAAAGGACUAAUAUUUAUUACAAGUCAUCUUGAAACUGCUUGUAAUAAUAUUGGUUCUUUAAAGCGUAUAUUUUGCAAGCACCUAUGCAGUUCUUGUAUUGUAAAUCUUCUAAGGCCCGAUUUUUCAAUCCUUAGUUAAAACUUACCCGUCCAAUAAAGUAUUACACGAUAAUAUUAAAAUAUCACCUAUAAACUGACAAAUAAAAGCAAGUAGAAAAUAUUUUUGAAAUGGUAGUUUAAUACGUUAUUUAACGAAUAAGUUUUAACCAAUGAUUGAAAAAUCAGCCCUAAGAGUAAGGUUGCUAUACUGUGUGUUUGUAAAAUAAGACAAACUUGUAUUAUUACACCAAUCGAUAUUGUCAUUAAUUUGGCUCUACAUAGAGCUAUUUCUGAUAAAAUAUUAUAGUUACAUGUGCACUAUGUUGUAUUAAAUUAAAUCUUAAAACUUCA